CGCGUGUUGAUAAAGGGCAUUGCUAGUAAACUUUGAAGCACAUCUUCUCAAAGACAGAAGUAAGAAAAACCGAUAUAAAUAUUGCUAGCGACAGCAUCACUGCACGCACAAGUCUUGCUUCAGCACCAUCGUGGGCUGUAUUUACAGACGCACGCGACAGCCACGAGGCCACAGCAGCAGGUUGCCAGCACAAGUGUUCCAUUUGAUUCCGCGAAGCUUUGUGGGUGUCUUUCUUAGGGAUGGCAAGUGUAACAGCUUUGACCACGCAAUCCGUGCCAAACGCGUGCAGUAUUCUAGGACAUGCACUCCUACAGCAUGGAAAUGAGGAUUGCACCAAGAUGCAAAACACCCGUGACAACGGGAUUGCAACAGUACAAAGAUCUGGUUCUCCUGAGCUAUUGAGGUGCAAACGGCGACUACCUUUCAAUGGAAUGAGUUAUGUAUUGACAACCCAACAGCAACCACCCGCUGCAGUAGCCAGGCGUAAUGAGCGUGAACGAAAUCGUGUUAAACUAGUGAACAUGGGAUUCCAGGCGCUCCGGCAACACGUCCCGAACGGUGCAGCCAACAAAAAGAUGAGCAAGGUGGAAACCUUGCGCUCUGCGGUGGAGUACAUCAGAGCCUUGCAACAGUUACUGGACGAGCAUGAUGCUGUCAGUGCUGCAUUCAGCUGUGGACUUCAUUCACCUUCCAUCGCUGCCACAGACCAUAGCAAUAGCUCGGUUCCUGGUUCUCCGCAUUCCGCUUACUCUUCUGAUGAAGGUAGCAGUUAUGAAGCAUUAAGUCCAGAAGAGCAAGAGCUGCUGGACUUCACGAGCUGGUUCGACAGGUAUUGACUUGGCUGCUUUGCAUGGUGUGGAUUUAACAAAUUCAGUGCCUGAGUGUCCCUUUCCAAAAGGGAGAGCAAACAGAAAGGGAGAAUGGCCCGGAGCUGCUCCGCUAAUCACUUCCAGCUGUCAUCAGUCUCAACGGUCAUGUACUAAAAGAGUGCCAAGUUCAAGUCUUAAAAAACGUUUCUGAAGAAGUGCAAUCAUGUACAUAACAAAUGGCAGUUACGUUUUCUAGUAUUGUGUAGUCAGUGCAUCACCAUGCUAUAGAAGUAUUCAUGCCUGAAUUCUGCAUAAGGUGUGUAUUCCACAUUGCUUUCCGAGUGGAAACCAUACUGCAUUACAGUUUGGUCUGUUGUGCACUGCAAUCUUAGCAAGAUCUAGCCUGCCUACCACCUCAAUGUAUGAACAUUCCUACUCUAUUACCUGCUCUGACUCUUCCAAUCAUGUGGUCAGAACCGUUCAGUUCCGUGUCUAUGGGAAAUUUCAUGCUGUACUGAAUUUGUAAUAAAAAUUGGUGGGAAGGUGCAAGUUCCGUGUCUAUGGGAAAUUUCAUGCUGUACUGAAUUUGUAAUAAAAAUUGGUGGGAGGGUGCAAGUUCUGUGUCUAUGGGAAAUUUCAUGCUGUACUGAAUUUGUAACAAAAAUUGGUGGGAGGGUGCGGGUGUUCACCUAGUUCUGAAGAUAAUCUAGCAUGAAACAUAUUAACAUUUACUUGUGUGGGGGGUCAUCAUAAGUAAAUAUCACUGCCACAGGACAAACUAUGUAAUUCUAGUACUGUGCUAGUAUUUAAAUAACUGCUAUGCAAGAUUGGGUUGCAUUGCUUGCAUAUACCAGUAAUGAAAAACAGUUGAUUUAUGAUUUUUUUACUUUCAGCUAAUGAUUUUUUUCCUGCUUUGUGUCACUAUAUGAAUAUUUUUUGAUUAACCAAAUUAAGGCUGAGUGUCUCAAAUUAAUCCAAUACAGGAAAUAUAAUACACUAUUGGAAUAAAAUAUUCCAUUAUAGCUUGCAUAGAAGUUAACAGCCCCUAGGGCAAAAUGAUAACAGUUUAUGCAAGUUGUUUCUGAGAAUGCUGUUUAAGUCAGCUAAUGGAGUUUCAUAUUCUUAACUUGUUUUGGAACUCAGAGAUGUAACAAAUUCUCAUAAAGUCUGUAAAGUAUGAGCCUUGAAACAAAUUUUCUUUUAGAGAAUACAGAAUUUUUUUUUACAAGUCAUAAUAUGACUAGGUGUCAUAAUUACUGGCACCCAAGGUAUGAUUGAAGGGUUUAUUUUAUAUAAAUAUAAAUAUAUAUAAUUUGUAUUGAAGGCGCUUUUUGUAUGCACUUGAUCUGUUUUUA